AUGCAGGCUGUGGCUCCCACCGUUGCUGCUGGCUGGGGUGGAAUGCUGGGGGGAUGGGUCGGGGGCUCCUACCAACGCGUGCGCCGCUUCAUUGCAGACCACCGCAAAGGGUUGCUGUGCCUGGCGGUGACGGGUGGUGUGGCCGCCUAUGCGGUCUAUCGGGUGGGGCGCGGCUACCGCGAGCUCCAGGAAGCCUCCCUCCACCGCCUGCGGCUGCGUGGGGCGUUCGAGUCCACACAGAGCACGUGCGCCGGCACCGUGGGCUCCCUCGUGCUCAAGCUCAACGACGCCGUCCUACGUCUCCAGGCCCCCAAGGACGGCCAGGACCGCUACGCCCUGUGGGAUCACUGCAAGACCCAGACAUAUGCGAGGCUGGUGGUGGGCGUGUACGGGGUGGUCCUCCUCUCCACGUUCCUCCGCGUGCAGGUGAACAUUCUGGGGCGGUACCUGUACCUCGAGACCCUCAUCGCCACAGAUCCCUCCGCCCGUUUCCGGAUUCCGCUGGACGUGGCCAUCCCGCAGGACACCCAGAAGCGGUACCUGGGCUACUCCGAGUACGUGGUGCACACGGGCCUGCCACAGCUCGUCGCCCUGGUACAGGCCACGGCGCACCAGGUCCUCUCCAGCUAUCCGCUGCAGCGGCAAUGCACGUACGACGACGUGCUGGCCAUCAUCGACGCCAUGCGACGGAAAAUGGAACAGCCCCUUUCCCCGGACUCGGAUGAAACCGUCCUCAACACGUUCCUGCUGCCUCAAGAAGACGCGGAGGGCAGUAGCGGCGGAAACGGGAAGCGCCACAGAGACCACAAGCUCACCAUGCUCAUCAACGAGACACGCGACGUUUUGGAGAGCUCGGAGUUCAACCAGAUCCUUUCCCGCUGCCUCAAUCUCAGCUUCUACGCCAUGGCCCACCAGCUUCACUCGUGCUUCCCCCGGCAGGAGCAGCAGGCGCUGGCUUCGUCUGUUGAUGCGGAGAGGGACCUCGCAGCACCGGCAGCCACCGCCGAGCCAGCACUGCCCAUGGCCAAAUUGAUGCCCCUCGUAAACAAGCAGGUGUCCCAGUUGCUGGCAUCCGACCCCAACCCCUUUCUGGCCACGGUGCUCCACGACGACCAACUGCGACAGUACGCCUUCGACCUCUUCACCGCCUUCGGGGCUGACGAGUAG